GAAAAAUGUUAGUGCUGCUACUGCCUCUAUUGGCAGCAACUGUUGGAGCAGAAGUAGCUUGUUACCACUGCUACGGUAACACCACCACACAUGGACAGCUAUGCUCCAUCGAUAAACUGUGCCUUGGAGAAUCGUGCUUUUUCAAAGUGGAACAGAAUGGAGAGUGGUCAGCGGGCUGUGGGGAAAAUCCAGCCCCCUCAGCGCUAGAUUGCACAAAGAAUGAUGCCGAAAUGUCCAUCAAUUGCCAGUGCACAGCUGAGUUGUGCAAUCAGUUCAAGUCGGUCAAUGAGACGUUGACAACAUUGGCGAAUUAUGACACUAAUUUCCAUGUUCCACUGAUGCUUCCGGAUCUUGCUGUUAGCUGCAUUGAGUGUGGAAAUGUGACAAUUGCCAAUCAUUCCUUAAGAGUUCCAUGCGCGGAAAGACACAUAUGUAGAGGAGACUACUGCGUCGUUAAACGCGGACUUGACCCGCAUACAUACUGCGGAAGUCUCUGGGAGGGCACAAAUGAGGAACGCUGUUCAAAGCAACCGGGAGAAGCUGAGCAAUGUGUGUGCAAGAAUGAUAUGUGCAACGUCAUGCUUUCGCCAGAGGCAAUGCAGGAGAUGCUCAGACCUACCACCACACUGGCACCAACUACUACGACAUACAUUACUAGUUUACCCGAACCAACAACUGUGGCCGGAGCCCCUGAAGUUACAGAUAGCCCACCUUCUGCAAUAAAUGUAACGCAAGCUCUCCCCACAGCUGGCACCCCUGCGACAACCCCUCCAAAGAAGAAGUGCAAGAAUACUAUGAAAUUUUCGCCGAAUGCACAGGCUGUGCUUAUGGGACAAAAGCUGAGCCAAGCGAUCGACGGUGGUUUCGGUAGCGGCAGUGAGGGAGUGCAACAAUUCAAAGACGGCAUCGACACUCACAUCUGCAAUUAUUCGGAAUAAACAGAAACAUGUGACAACGACCAGUCAUGUCAUAUUUUUGCAAUUCAUAAAGUUUUGUUUUGUUGAUGUUUUUCCUUUCUAUACUAAUUUUUUCAGUGUU